AUGGAAUGGGAAAUAUGGGAAAGUUAUCGAGCUGCUAAGGAAGCUGCUGUACGUCGCAAGUAUGAUCAGUCGGCGCUAUUUUUACGUACCGCUCUUUCGCUAGUUGACUGUCGUUUGAAUGGUUUAUCGACCGAUGAUCCAAAUAGAGACCAACUUGUUAAAGUUAAAUCGGUGUUGAAGUUGAAUGUGGAACGAAUGAAUGGUAUUGCGGAUGUCGUUUCGCAGAUGCGGCAAAUGGUCGGCGUGGCAACAUUGUCAUCGCCCAUUGACGCACCACCAAGUGAUCCCGAUGUUUGGCCACUACCGCCGUUAACGAAAAAAACAUCUACCAUUCUGAGUCCGAAAAGUACCAAUAAAAAGCAGACGUCUUCCCGUGUUAAUAAUAAAGCGAAAAAAGGUUCAGUAGGAAAAUCUAUCAGUGCAGGAGGCCGCAUUAUUACCAAAAGAGAUAACUCUUUGGGGCGUGCAUCUAUGAAUGAACUGUCGGAAGUUACUUCGAAGGAGGAAGGCGAUAAUAAUAGCAACGAAAAAGGGGAAAAUGAAAAAGUGUUUGACGGUAGAGGGUUCGACAAGGAAUUGGUGGAAAUUAUUGAGCGUGAUAUUAUGCAGAAACGUCCUGAUGUUCAUUGGGAUGAUAUUGCUGGCCUCGAUGAAGCAAAGAAGCUCUUGAAAGAAGCAGUCAUAUUACCGUCAGUUAUGCCGAAUUUCUUCAAGGGUAUUCGACGUCCCUGGAGAGGCGUUUGUAUGGUUGGUCCACCAGGAACAGGUAAAACUAUGCUCGCAAAAGCUGUUGCAACGGAAAGUCAAACAACAUUUUUCUGUGUGUCAUCUGCUACACUGACUUCAAAAUAUCGUGGAGACUCAGAAAAGCUCGUACAACUUCUUUUCAAAAUGGCGCGUUUUUAUGCCCCAUCAACGAUAUUCAUUGAUGAAAUAGAUAGUCUGUGUAGCAGAAGAGGUGCUGACAGCGAACACGAGGCGUCACGUCGAGUUAAGUCUGAGCUGUUAACACAGAUGGAUGGUUGUUCGCCAGAUGUUUCACGAGUUCUUGUGCUGGCUGCAACAAAUUUUCCGUGGGAUCUGGAUGAAGCUUUAAGAAGGCGUCUUGAGAAACGAAUAUAUAUUCCAUUGCCAGAUAAAACUAAUAGAUUUCAGUUGUUAAAGUUGGCUUUAGCUGAAGUUUCUAUCGAUGACGAAGUUAAUUUAGAAACUGUGGCCGAUUCGCUUAAUGGUUAUUCAGGAGCGGAUAUCACAAAUGUCUGUCGUGAAGCAGCAAUGAUGAGUAUGCGUGUACGUAUUGCCAAUUUAACAGCUGAAGAAAUCAAAGCAUUGACGCAAGAAGAAGUUGAUUUACCGAUUACCUCUAGUGAUUUUUCACAAGCAAUACAAAAUACGUCACCUUCGGUAUCCUACUUUGAUGUGCAGAAGUAUGAGAAAUGGAUACAUGAUUAUGGCGCGGCGUGA